AUGUCUUCAUGCUUUGGAUCGAGAAAGUCAAGGGGCGGUGACGAUACUCGUCCAUUGUUGCCUCGAUAUGAGGAUGAUACCUCAUUGCAGAGAACUGCUCAUCAAAAAUUACACACAUAUCAGAUGCUUAGAGCUUUAUCCAAGGGAUAUAUGCCAUCCACUGAACAGACAAUAGCCAAUUUAAGAACAUUAUUGGCUUCCGAUGUGUUAAAUCCAGAUAAUCCAGAAUUGACAGACAGCGGAAGAAGAUUGCUUAGAUUCUCGAAGCAAUGGCUUACAGAUUUCAUUGAGUUAUUACGAAAUAAGAAUGAUGGAGAUCAGAUUCAAGACUUCAUAUGGUUCUUGAUACAUUCAAGAAUAUCUGUCAAUACAUCAGAUCUUGUCGAAAGAGCCACUAGAACAAGAGCGAAAGCAGAUGCCGCAGCUGCAUACGGAAGUAUCAAAACCGUUGGUAGUCUGCUCUUGACAAACUCCGACUUUCGAAUCUUUCUUUCCGACCUCAAUACCAUUUUUCGACAGGUUUUUGCCGAUACAGCAAAGACGGUAUCAGAUGUUGCGGAGGAAGCUGCAAAUAAGAUCGAGCCAUCAUCUGAGGAAAAUGAGGCGAUGAAGAAGCCAGGAGAAGAACGAAGCGAACCUAUUCCCAAGGAAGACCUCCAAGCCGAAGCGAGUGAGAUUGGCGAAGUCGUUACCAAUGGGUUGAAGAAGGCAGGCAAGCAAGCAAGCAUAAGCCUGAAGGAGAAUAUUUCCGGAGAGCAAAGAGAAACUCUGCGACGUCGGUUGAAGGAAGCGGUUACGAAAUUGACCAAACGAACUGAUUACUCGGAUUCAGUCAACACAAUUGGUCUCCUCAUUCAACGAUAUGCUAAAGCUUAUUCCAGAGCUGUGGAUGAAUCUAUUAGCGCUGUUCAAGAUGAUGUCGAACCUAAUCCAGCGCUCGAUCGUGCGGUGAAGAAUGGUUGGUCUUUAAUGAGUUCUUUCGGUGACAAGGAUGCCUGGAAAGAACUGGAGAAGCGAUUCAAUAAGGUUAUGGAACACUCUCAAAAAGAUCCCGACUUCGAAAAUCUCAUGGGAGACUUGGCGAAAUCGAUUCAACAGAUGCUUUCCGAUCCAGAUUUCUUUGAUGCUGCAGACAAAAAAGUCGAGGAAUUGAAGGAGAAGUCUAAAGAAGUGGGCACCGAAUCUCCACUUCGAAAAGAUAUUGAUAGUCUUCUCAAACAAGCACGCAUAACAUUCGAUUCUGUAAUGAAUGAUCAAGAUGUUUCCAAACUGGUCAACACAACUUUGAAAAUAUGGAAUAUCCUCAACCCGCUCAAUAAACAAUCCAAUACUGAACUCUUCACCGAUCUAUCUACUGUCUUGAUACCCAUGUUCAUCUCCGCCAUACAAUACGUACCAAUUCCUCGUCUUGAAAUAUCCGUCCCAGAGAUGGAUCUUCUACUCGAAAAUCUAAUCCUCGAACCUGGCAGAACUAUAAAUCAGACCAGUUUCCUACCUUACCGGCUAAAGAUACAAACCUACAAUGAUCUUUUAAUUCAGAAAGCUCGAUUCCGUACUUUUUCCAAGGUAAAUUCUAUGGUAACGGUCAAGAUUCAAGGACUUUCAAUAAGAGCAGAUGAAGUUGGAUUUUGGAUGAGGGCACACAAAGGCUUGCUUCGCUUAGCUGAUGAAGGUAUCGCUUCUUUCCACCUUGAUGACAGGGGUAUUGAUAUCGAGUUCGACGUUGAUGUUGGAUACAACCAACUUGAGAAAAUUCUCACUCUAAAAGAUACACGUGUAAAGAUUCAUCAUCUCUCAUAUGAUGUCAGCAAAUCAAAGUUCGCUUGUUUGGCCUGGCUCUUCAAACCUCUCCUCCGCCCCAUCAUUCGCAAAACCCUCGAACAUCAACUCGCCAAAUCCAUCGCUGAUUUCUUCCACGCCGCAAAUCGGGAACUUCUCUAUGCCCGUGAACGUCUUCGCGCAACGAGAAUCGCAUCUCCAGAUGAUCUUCAAACAUUCAUUAAAGCUGUAAUCACCAGAUUAACACCAGAAGAAGACCCCGAUUUGUAUGUGAAUGUGGGAGUUCAGGGUGGAGCAAAGAAUAGAGGGAAUGUGUUUAAGGGCGUUUAUGCGCCGGGUAGUGUGGUGAAGGUUUGGGAAAGGGAAGGCAGAGAUGCGGAGCAGAUUGUUGAAGAUGAGGGCGAGAAUGCGGGUUGGAAAAAUGCUAUUUUUGAUGUUAAUGGGCAGGGUCAGGGUGUUAUGGGAUGGUAA